AAACUAUGCUGAUAUGGGAAAAAAACACCAUAAAUUUUCAGCAUAUGACAAGACUUUUAUGAAAAGUGCAUGCCUUGCUGUCCAGGAGAAAUUCCAAAAUAGUGAAAAGCCAAAUCUGUGCGAGAGUAGUUUUACAUGGAAAGACUACCUUACAUUUUGUAAUAAAAUCCGGACUGGAGGUAAAGUGUAUACAUGUGCAAUCUGUGGCAGGCAUUUUAAAAAGAAGAGUCAACUCACGUACCAUGAGAAACUCCACAGCAGGGAGAAGCCAUAUACAUGUGCAACAUGUGGUAAGGGUUUUCAUUGGAAGCACUCCUUCACAGCUCACCAGUUAACCCACAUUGUGGAAAAGCCAUAUGCAUGUGCCACAUGUGGCAAGAGUUUUGCAAGGAAGGACAGGCUGUCAGUCCAUGAGAAAAUCCACAGUGGUGAAAAGCCACAUAAAUGUGAAGUGUGUGGCAAGAGUUUUCACUGGAAGUAUUCCCUUGCAGCUCAUCGGAUCUCCCACAAUAGAGAGAAGCCAUAUACAUGUGUAACAUGUGGUAAGAGUUUUCACUGGAAGCAUUCCUUAACAACUCAUCAGUUAAUCCACAUUGUGGAAAAACCAUGUACAUGUUCCACAUGUGGCAAGAGUUUUGCAAGGAAGGACAGGCUCACAGUCCAUGAGAAAAUCCACAGUGGAGAGAAGCCAUAUAAAUGUGAAGUAUGUAGCAAGUGUUUUCAGUGGAAGCGCUCCUUUAUAGCUCAUCAGUUAACCCACAUUGUGGAAAAGCCAUAUGCAUGUGCCACAUGUGGCAAGACUUUUAUAAGGAAGGACAGGCUCAUAGCCCAUGAGAAAAUUCACACUGGAGAAAAGCCAUAUGAAUGUGAAGUGUGUGGCAAGAGUUUUCAGUGGAAGCAUUCCUUCACAAAUCAUCAGAUCUCCCACUCAGGGGCGAAGCCAUAUACAUGUGCAACAUGUGGCAAGAGUUUUCAAUGGAAGCGUUCCUUUGAAGCUCAUCAGAUUUCUCAUACUGGGGAAAAACCUUAUACGUGUGCAAUAUGUGGCAAAAGUUUUCAGUGGAAGUAUUCCUUCUCCUCUCACCAGAUCUCCCACACUGGGGAGAAGCCAUAUAAUUGUGCAACAUGUGACAAAAGGUAUGCAUCAAGGGGAAGCCUCAAGUGCCAUGAGAAAAUCCAUACUGGCGACAGACCAUAUAAAUGUGCAACAUGUGGCAAGAGUUUUAAAGAGAAGAGCCAUCUCACAUACCACGAGAAAACACACACUGGAGAGAAACUAUAUAAAUGUACCACAUGUGGCAAGAGUUUUGCAAGAAAGGAUGUACUAAGAGUCCAUGAGAAAAUUCACACCGGUGAAAAAUUGUAUAAAUGUACCACAUGUGAAAAGUGUUUUGCAAGGAAGGACAGGCUCACAGUCCAUGAGAAAAUCCACAGUGGAGAGAAAAUCUGCAAUGGAGAAAUUAAAAAGAGAGAGAAUGUCAACCUUCCAUACCAUACAAAACCCCACAAAGAUAGUAGACCGUUUAAAUGUGAAACAUGUGACAAAAGGUUUAUCUUGAAAAGUCACCUGACAGAUCAUCAGAAUAUUCACAGUGGGAAUAAACCAUAUAAAUGUGCAACCUGUGGCAAAGGUUUCAAACAGAAGUCUCACCUCAUAUAUCAUAACAAAACCCACAGCCAGGAGAAACCACAUGAAUGUGGCACAUGUGGCAAAAGCUUUGCAAACAAGUGGCUUCUGAAUUCCCAUAGUAAAACUCAUAAUGAAAAGAAACCAUACAAAUGUACAACAUGCGGGAAGGAUUUUACAUUGAAACAGUACCUCACAUACCACCAGACAAUCCACACGAAUGAUAGACCAUAUAAAUGUGAAAUGUGUGACAAGAGGUUUAGAAGGAGAAGCCAUCUCACAGCCCAUGAGAAUAUCCACAGAAGGAAUAAACCACAUAAAUGAAUAUGAGCAAAAAGGUUUAGACCGAAGACUCAUUUGGUAUAUACCACAAGGACACCCACAAUGGGGAGAAACUGGAAAAUACCACAAGGACACCCACAAUGGGGAGAAACUGGAAAAUACCACAAGGACACCCACACUGGGGAGAAACUGGAAAAUACCACAAGGACACCCACACUGGGGAGAAACUGGAAAAUACCACAAGGACACCCACACUGGGGAGAAACUGAAAAAUACCACAAGGACACCAACACUGGAGACAAACUGGAAAAUACCACAAGGACACCCACACUGGGGAGAAACUGGAAAAUACCACAAUGACACCUACACUGGGGAGAAACCGGAAAACAAAGAUUUAGCCCUGAGAGACAGCUAGACAUAUUA